AUGGCCUUCGGUGCGGCAUGGCCGUGGCUUAGAGCAAAGGUCGCUCCUUUCACGGGAGACACGGCGCGGUACCUCAUCAUAUGCGCAGCCUGGUAUCCGGUGUGCUACUUUGUCGAAAGCCAUGUCGUGGGGACGACCAGGGUCCGAGGACCGUCCAUGUAUCCCUACCUGAACGAGAACUACAAUGAGACCAGGUUCGGCUACGUCUGCCUGACCUGGAAGCUCUAUGCCCAGCAGAAUCUGCAGAGGGGCAAGAUCGUGACCUUCUACAACCCGAUGAGGCCUGAGACCAUGACUGUCAAGCGCAUCAUCGGCCUCCCUGGCGACAUGAUUCACACCAAGGCACCAUUCCCUACGCCUUACAUCCGCGUGCCUCCGAAUCACAUCUGGGUGGAAGGAGACGGCACCAAGUCGCUGGACAGCAACACGUAUGGGCCAAUUUCGAUCCGGCUGGUCGAGGGACAGGUCACCCAUAUCUUGUGGCCGUUCCGCAAGGCGGAGAGGGUCAAGUGUCCCGUUCGUGCCCUCAACAAGCCCGCCAACACAGCACGCGACAACCCUCUCCCGGGCUUCCCGCCUCAACUGCGGCCUCCAGCCCUCCUGUUCCUCGUAACCACCUACCAAUUGGACAUUUCCCAGCCAGUCCCGGCACAGACUUCCUCACGGCGCAAAGCUCCCCUGCCGCUUGGUGCUCGCCAACCAUGCGGCGAUAGCCCAGCCCUCGAGAGUCAGUUUCCGAAGGACAUCGCACGCCGCGGCGGCGCAAUGGCCGACGAAAUCAACGAAUAUGAGGGCCGCCAGCCCUACAUCCAUUCCAUGAUCGCCGGUGGCCUCGGAGGAACCACUGGUGACAUGCUCAUGCAUUCUCUUGAUACAGUCAAGACGCGGCAGCAGGGCGACCCUCACGUACCCCCGAAAUACAACUCCCUCGGCUCCUCGUACUACACAAUCUUCCGCCAGGAAGGAAUAAGAAGGGGCCUGUAUGGCGGCUGGUUUCCGGCUCUCCUGGGGUCUUUCCCUGGCACCGUAAUGUUCUUCGGCACAUACGAGUUCUCAAAACGUCACUUGCUUGACUAUGGCAUCCAGCCACACGUUGCAUAUCUCACAGGUGGCUUUCUUGGAGACCUCGCCGCGUCUAUCGUAUACGUUCCCUCCGAAGUCCUCAAGACCCGAUUACAGCUCCAGGGACGAUACAAGAACCCCCACUUCAACUCCGGGUACAAUUACCGCGGCACUCUUGAUGCUGCGACAACGAUAGUGCGUACCGAGGGUUUCUCUGCGCUCUUCUACGGCUACCAGGCGACACUGUACCGUGACCUGCCAUUCUCGGCGCUGCAAUUCAUGUUCUGGGAGCAGUUUAAAGACUGGGCACAUCAGUGGAAGAGCAGCAGGGAGAUUGGAACACCACUGGAGUUCCUGACCGGCGCCUCAGCAGGCGGCCUCGCAGGAGCCAUGACCUGCCCGCUCGACGUAGUCAAAACGCGCCUGCAGACCCAGGUCAACCCCGGACAUGGUGCGCAGGCGGCCAAGGCAAAGCAGGGUGCCGCGGUGGACCCUCACAUCUCACACGCAACCGAGGGCAGGAGGAUAAAAAAAGCAUCAAAACGACUCAUCUCCACCUCGUCCCCAUCAACACACAGGCCAAAGCCUGGAGUAGCACCGCUCGACACGUCGUCCGUGUUCGUCGGGCUGAGGAUGAUAUAUAAGCAUGAGGGCAUCGGCGGAUGGUUCAGGGGCGUCGGCCCGCGCGUCGUGUGGACCAGUAUCCAGAGCGGUUGCAUGCUGUUCCUGUACCAGAUCAUCAUGCGCAAGCUCGACGUCUGGAUGCCCGUCGAGCAGCCAGAAACGGCAGUUUGA